AAAAAAAAAAAAAAAAAAAAAAAAAAUUCUUGUCGUCUACGUUACACACUUCUAGUCGUUGUGCCGACGCUGAGCAGGUCUCCACGAAACUCGGAGGUUUCUGCAUCCGAUACGAUGUUAGGAAACCGAACAAUAUCAAUUUUGGAUAGGAUGAAAUGGACUAAAUUGAAGGACGUGUGAUUUAAUCAAAAGGGCGGUAACACGGGCAUGGGGCAGAUGCAGUUGGUUUCGACUGCAUUGAUGAAUCCGAAACAGGAUAAGUUGUGUGCCUUAUGACUUGCAACUUAUGCUAAGGGGCAUGAUCAGUGUCUCCGCAGACUUUUCCAUCAAUCUCACCAGCUUGUAUGCCAUUCUAAACAAGACCACUUACACUUUUGUCGCCUUCAUUUCAACUUUGAUCGCAGCCGUCAGCAUUCUGUACUACCUUCGGGGAAGUUCCACGCUCCGACGGGGGCUGGCCAAGGAUAUCGCCUACUACGAUUUCGCGAGUACGAUCAUAAGCGGCGGACUGUCGGUGAGCGCUUUACGCUCAGUACCUGUCAACUCACAGACGCAACACUGCCGGCUUUUGGGGCAGGGCGCGAAUAGAAUAUUGAUAUCGAUACAAAGUUUCUGAGGGUCCCUCCCCUGGUUUGGACUGCAGACCCAACAAACGCCAAGCUGCAUUUGCCCAACUCUAAGUUUGACAAGCAUCGAUAUGCCCUGGCAAGAAUUAUUCGAGCCCGGGUUUAAUUUGGAAGGCGUUAUCCUCCCUGAUGUUUUCCUAUUGUGAUGAAUACGACUUACCUGCAUUGGCUAGCUACUGACUGAAUCAAGAA